CCAUUUUGUCUUUUGAUGUUUCGAACGCCAGGUCGAGUACUCAUCUUGCAUGGAACCGAAUUCGACCCACUAACCCGCAACCCCGAUGUAGUUUGUAUUGUAGAGCGAUUGCGAGUUGGGGCUAUUGAUUCAGCUCACACAGGAUGCAUGCGAGUGAUGUGGUGGAAUUGAUCCGAAUGGCAACGAGAACUAGUGGUAAUACGAUGCUUGGAGCAGAAAUUGAAUUUGGAUCGGCGAUGUUCUACGUUUAUGCCGGCAUCUCAUGCUUUCUCGUCCUCUUUGCCGGCAUCAUGUCUGGACUUACAUUAGGUUUAAUGUCACUUGGCCUUGUGGAGCUCGAAAUCCUCCAGCGCAGUGGCACCCCAAUCGAGAAAAAGCAAGCAGCUGUCAUAUUUCCAGUGGUUCAGAAACAACACCAACUUCUCGUGACUUUGCUUCUUUGUAAUGCAGCUGCCAUGGAGGCCCUGCCCUUGUACUUGGAUAAGAUUUUCAAUCAAGUUGUUGCAAUUGUGCUCUCUGUAACUUUUGUUCUGUUUUUUGGAGAGGUUAUUCCACAAGCAAUAUGUACCAGAUAUGGUCUUGCUGUUGGAGCAAAUUUUGUUUGGCUUGUGCGUAUUUUGAUGAUAAUUUGUUAUCCAAUUGCUUAUCCUAUUGGCAAGAUUCUUGACUUGGUAUUAGGACAUAAUGAUGCGCUAUUUAGACGAGCUCAAUUGAAAGCCCUUGUUUCCAUACACAGUCAGGAGGCUGGCAAGGGGGGUGAACUCACUCAUGAUGAGACGACGAUAAUCAGUGGAGCGCUAGAUUUAACUGAAAAGACUGCACAGGAGGCUAUGACGCCAAUCGAAUCCACCUUUUCCCUGGACGUCAAUUCAAAGUUGGACUGGGAGGCAAUGGGAAAAAUUCUUGCACGUGGUCAUAGCAGAGUUCCAGUAUACUCAGGAAAUCAAAGAAAUAUUAUUGGCCUUCUGCUGGUCAAAAGUCUUCUUACUGUACGCGCUGAAACGGAGACACCAGUAAGUGCUGUUUCUAUUCGGAGAAUUCCAAGGGUUCCAGCGGACAUGCCUCUAUAUGAUAUACUGAAUGAGUUCCAAAAGGGAGGCAGCCAUAUGGCGGCCGUAGUAAAAACUAAAGGGAAAAUUAGAAAACCUCCAUCACUUGAAGAAAAGAAUGAAGAGAGAACAGUAAGCAGUAAAGAUUUUCAAUCUACAACUCCAAGGUCAUCAAAGCAUGGAGAGAAAGGCGAAAACAUAAUAAUUGACAUGGACAAGUCUGCGAGUCAGACUACACAUACAUCAUCAAAGACAAACGGCAUGCCUUAUUCAUUGGAGGACAUCGAAGAAGGUGAAGUGAUUGGCAUAAUCACCUUGGAAGACGUAUUUGAGGAACUUCUGCAGGAGGAGAUUGUGGAUGAGACAGACGAAUUUGUUGAUGUACAUAAAAGGAUACGAGUAGCAGCAGCAGCAGCUGCUUCAUCAGUAGCCCGUGCUCCAUCGAUUCGAAGAUUAACUGCCUUGUCUGCUCAGAAAGCGGCUGGAGGCCAAAGUAAGCUAGGACAAACUCCGAGGAAGUCUCGUGAGGAUGAUUCUACUUGGUUGAAGUCCCAGGGAACUAUGAACGAGCCCUUACUUGGGAACAAGACCUGAAAUGCACUCGAUCUUGCAAAUAUCAAACAUUAGAUCAAUUUCAAGCAGGCGCAUCUGUACGGGUCUGCAUAGCUUGGCUGAUCACAAAAUAAGAGGAGUCUUGUGUAAUUUCCUCUACUUUUGAUUCAUUAUGAAUAUAGGUAGGCAUUCACAUUAGUUUUGUACUUGGGUCAAAAUAUUGUAUAGUUGAUGCUUUUAUGCAGCAAGCAAGCGAUUCGAU